CUCUCUCUUUUGCUUUUUUUUUUUUUUUUUUGUGCCCUGCGUUGUAAGAUGCUGAUGGUCUGAAAAAUAUCAUUCCUCUUCUCUGUCUCUCUGCGAAUCUUGCUCUUUGGCAAACCUGUGCGGAGGAACAAUGAACGGGACAUCGUCCGAGGAAUCUUCCGAUUCAACUCAGCGGAUCGAUUCGUUCAACGGCGAGCAGAGAGUCUACUUCGUCCCCUUGAGGUGGUGGAAAGAUGCCCAAGAUUCAAUGCCUUCUGAAUCAGUUGAUAAAAGAGAGAUCUUGUAUACAGCUACAACUGGGUCGUCUUAUGGAGGCCCUAUGAAGUUGAUAAAUAACAUCUUUAACUCCGAUAUUUUGUUCGAUCUGAGGAGAGAAGGAGAUGCGUUACAGACUGGUGAAACGGGAGAAGCAAGCGUCUCAGGCAGGGACUUUGCUUUGGUCUCAAGUGAAAUGUGGCUGCAGGCACUUAAAUGGCAUCAUGAUGAUAAAAAUACUGAGAGAGGUGUUAAAAGUUUCACGGCUGGAGGAGUUGACAGAGGCGACGUUUAUCCAGUACAACUCAGGCUCUCCGUUUUGCAGGAAACCAAUUCAUUGGCGGUUAAAAUUUGCAAAAAGGACAAUUCAGUUGAAUGUUUCAGAAGAGCAUGCAAGAUAUUCAGUUUGGAUUCUGAGCAGUUGCGCAUUUGGGAUAUUUCUGGCCAAACAACCUUGUUUUUCGAAAGUGAUGUGAGCAAUUCCAAGGACUGUCAACAACAAGCAGAUCAGGAAAUGCUCCUAGAGCUGCAGAUUUAUGGAUUAUCAGACUCCAUCAAAUUGAAGGAAUCGAAAAAGGAAGAUGGUUCCACACAGCAAACUAAUGGGAUUACCAAUGGCAUAAAUGGUGGCACAGUGUUCAGAUUUGGACGGAGUAAUUCUUUGAGCUUUUUGGUAAAAGCUGGAGAAGCUGGAACUUUGGGGUUGACAGGCUUGCAGAAUCUAGGAAACACUUGUUUCAUGAACAGUUCCCUUCAGUGCUUGGCUCACACACCAAAGCUUGUCGACUUCUUUCUUGGAGAGUACAGUAAAGAAAUAAAUCUUGACAACCCAUUGGGAAUGAAAGGUGAGAUCGCCCUAGCUUUUGGUGACUUAUUAAGGAGUCUGUGGGCUCCAGGUUCAUCAACAGUGGCCCCAAGGACAUUUAAAGCAAAACUUGCUCGCUUUGCUCCUCAGUUUAGUGGCUUUAAUCAGCAUGAUUCGCAGGAACUUCUAGCUUUCUUGCUGGAUGGACUCCACGAGGACUUAAACCGUGUAAGGAACAAGCCUUACGUGGAAGCAAAAGAUGGAGAUGGCCGUCCUGACGCGGAAGUGGCUGAUGAAUAUUGGCGAAAUCAUGUUGCUCGCAAUGAUUCAAUAAUUGUUGAUUUGUGCCAAGGCCAAUACAAGUCAACAUUAGUUUGCCCUAUUUGCAAAAAAGUUUCUGUUAUGUUUGAUCCAUUCAUGUACCUAUCGCUACCUUUGCCAUGCACAUCAAUGCGAACAAUGGAUUUAACAGUCAUGAGUGCAGAUGGGAGUAGUUUGCCUAUUCCAUUGACUGUCAAUGUUCCUAAGUUUGGAAAAUUUGAAGAUCUUCAUAAGGCUCUUGUCACUGCAUGCUCGUUACCAGAGGAGGAAACUUUACUGGUUACGGAGGUAUAUAACAAUCGGAUUAUUCGCUUCCUGGAGGAGCCUACUGAUUCAUUAACCUUGAUCAGAGAUGGUGACAAACUUGUCGUGUAUCGGUUAAAGAAAGAUGCAAACAAUUCUCCUUUGAUUGUGUAUAUGCAUCAGAAGCUGGAAGAGCAGUUUAUAUCUGGGAAAUCUAGUCCAACUUGGAAGGCAUUUGGAAUCCCUUUGGUCUCGAGGCUUUGUGAUGUUGAGAAUGGAUCUGAUCUCGAGAACCUGUACCUGAAACUGCUUAGUUCAUUUAAGAUGCCUACUGAAUUCUUCACAGAGAAUCUUGAAAAUCGAACUGAAGAAGAAGCCACUGAUAAAGCAGAUACCGAUGGUACUACUUCAGUUGAGGAUAUAAAUUCCACUGAUGUAAAGGAGACUACUGAAUCUCUUCCAGAUCCUGUGUUGAGGCUUUACCUAACUGACGACAGAGGAAACUCAAUAGAAUCUGAAAUAUUGAAAGAGAAGCCUGUAAAUAAAUCCAAGCGGGUGAAUGUGCUAGCACGUUGGCCAGUAAAAGAUCUUGACGUUUAUGAUACUUGUCUUAUGAGCUCCUUACCUGAGGUUUCCAAAUUUGGAACUAAGAGACCUCAAGAAUCCGUUUCGCUUUUCAAGUGCCUUGAAGCAUUCUUGACGGAAGAGCCUCUUGGUCCUGAUGACAUGUGGUAUUGUCCUGGCUGCAAAGAGCACCGGCAAGCUAUCAAAAAGUUAGAUCUCUGGAGGUUGCCAGAGAUCCUGGUUAUUCAUCUGAAGAGGUUUUCGUAUAGCCGGUUUAUGAAGAACAAGCUGGAGGCCUAUGUGGACUUCCCGCUAGAUGAUCUUGAUCUAUCAAGCUACAUCUCUUACAAGAAUGGUCAGACAACAUAUCGCUACAUGCUCUAUGCGAUCAGCAAUCACUAUGGGAGCAUGGGAGGGGGUCAUUACACUGCAUAUGUUCACCAUGGAGGUGAUCGAUGGUAUGACUUUGAUGAUAGCCAUGUCCACCCAAUCAGCCAAGAAAAGAUCAAGACCUCGGCUGCUUACGUUCUGUUCUACAAACGCCUUGUAGACUAAAGAACCUGAAGCUGAAAAGACAAGAAAGAAGUAUUUGCAUUUUUGCCAGUGUAAGGGGUAGGCUUAUUUAAAAACGCUACAAGAUCAAGAUCAAAGCAGCUGUUUGGUGAGGCUAAUUUACAGGAGAGAGUAGGGAAGAAGAGCAAAAGACCGAGAAGAGAGGACAAUGUUGCGGGGAAUUCAUUUUAUUUUUACAAAAUUGGUUAUCUGAUUAUUUUAUUAACCAUAUUCAAAUUAGAGUAGAAGAAUAGAGAAAGCCCUUUUGUGGGAUAUGGUUCUAAAUUGUUGUGUUCGUGUGUCAGUUUUGGCUCUCAGACCAAAUAAGAUUAAAGAACCAUCUACCUUUUUAACUCAUUUCUCUUCUUUCCAAAA